AUGAGGUGGUCUACUAUUAUUCUUGGCUUCCUUGCCGUUGCUGUAGCCCAGGAUUCGACUACCGAAUCCUCUACAGAGUCGGGGAUGACCACCGAUGGAACCACAGUUGUGUCAGUCACUACUCCCGUGCCCAUUCCCUCAGGUACCUACCAAGAAUUCAGUACAACAAUCACACUGAGUGGUGGCGAUGAGUCGACCAUUAUAUCGACUACUCAGUACAAUGGCACAAAGACCGCCUCCAACCAGACGGCGGUCACCACGACUUCCGACUCCUUGACUUUGCUGGUGGGUGGCGGAGGGACAACAGUGAUUGGGAACAAUAGUAUGAACGCGACUGCGACCAGGACUGGCACAGCUACGAAUACCCCUGUCGUCAAUACUCGUCCUUGCAACAACUACCCCGAGUUCUGUACUAGAAAGUACUCCAACAUUACCAUGGUCGCAGCGCACAACAGCCCGUUCGUGCGCAAGAACAACAUCGCCGCUAACCAGGUGCUGGAUGUGACGACACAAUUGAAUGAUGGAAUUCGCACGCUACAAUUCCAGACCCACUACGAGAAUGGCACAAUGCACCUAUGCCACACAAACUGCCAAUUGCUCGGCGUCGGCACCCUCGAAGAAUACCUAACCGAUGUCAACACUUGGAUGCGGGAGAACCCCUACGACGUGGUUACCUUCAUCAUCGGCAACUUCGAUUAUGUCUCUCCCGAGAACUUCACCACCCCGAUCUACAACUCCGGUCUGAAGGACCUAAUUUACACCCCCAAAAAGGUGCCAAUGGCGCUGAAUGACUGGCCCACGCUCUCCGAGAUGAUUCUCAGGCAGAAGCGCGCAGUCUUCUUCAUGGACUACCAGGCCAACCAGACCGCGUACCCAUGGCUGAUGGAUCAGUUCUCCCAGGUGUGGGAGACGCCCUUCUCACCCACCGAUCCCACCUUCCCAUGCACCCAGCAACGCCCACCCGGUCUGUCUGUAGCAGACGCGAAGAACCGCAUGUAUAUGGCCAACCAUAAUCUGAACCUGCAGUUGAAUCUCGGUUCUCUGAGCCUGUUGAUCCCCAAUACCGCUCAGCUUGACGAAACCAAUGCCGUCAACGGCAGUGGUAGUCUGGGCGAAAUGGCUGAGAACUGUACCGCAACCUGGGGCCGUCCUCCCAACAUGCUUCUAGUCGAUUACUAUAACUAUGGUGAUUUCAACGGCUCGGUUUUCGAGGUCGCUGCUCAGAUGAACAAUGUCACUUAUGACCGUAAAUGCUGUGGCAAGACCUCUGGCGCCUUGCGCGAGGGGUCUGUCGCUGGUAUGUCGACGCUGCUUCUGGUGGCAGUGGGAGUGCAGAUGGUGAUGUCUGCGUUUUAA